GCCGGCGAGGAGCGCACAGCCACCGCCUCCUGCCUCUCCAAACUCCUGGCCGAGGCGCGCGGUGGCGUCCUCGCGCUCCGGCUCGCGCCCCCGCCCGCCGCCCGCGUCCGCCAGGCGUGAAUGCUGAGCCUUGCGUCUCUUACUGCGACUCGCCGGCUGCUGCCAUGGACGCCUACUACAGCCCGGUGUCGCAGAGCCGGGAGGGCUCCUCGCCUUUCAGGGCGUACCCCGGCGGCGAGAAGUUCGGCACCACUUUCCUGCCGGCCGCGGCGAAAGGACAGGGGUUCGGGGACACCAAGACCCGGGCCCGCUACAGCGCGGGGCAGCAGGACCUGGCGGCGCCCCUGGAGGGUGGCGCCGGGGCGAGGGGCUCCUUCAACAAGUUCCAGCCCCAGCCCCAGCAGCCGCCGCCGGCCCCGCAGCCACCGCCGGGGCAGCCCCCGCAGCAGCCGCAGCCGCCCGCGCAGCCCCCGCAUCUCUACUUGCAGCGAGGCGCCUGCAAGACGCCCCCGGACGGCAACCUUAAGCUCCAGGAGGGCAGCGGCGCUCACAACGCGGCCUUGCAGGUCCCCUGCUACGCCAAAGAGAGCUCCCUGGGUGAGCCGGAGUUGCCGCCCGACUCUGACACCGUGGGAAUGGAUAGCAGCUACCUCAGUGUGAAGGAGGCCGGGGUGAAGGCGCCCCAGGACCGGGCCAGCGCUGACCUCCCCAGCCCACUGGAGAAGGCCGACUCCGAGAGCAACAAGGGCAAGAAGCGACGGAACCGCACCACCUUCACUAGUUACCAGCUGGAGGAGCUGGAGAAGGUCUUCCAGAAGACCCACUACCCCGAUGUGUAUGCGCGGGAGCAGCUGGCCAUGAGGACGGACCUCACCGAGGCCCGUGUGCAGGUCUGGUUCCAGAACCGGAGGGCCAAGUGGAGGAAGAGGGAGCGUUUCGGGCAGAUGCAGCAGGUUCGAACCCACUUCUCUACCGCCUAUGAGCUGCCCCUCCUCACCCGAGCUGAGAACUAUGCCCAGAUUCAGAACCCAUCCUGGAUCGGCAACAACGGGGCUGCCUCGCCCGUGCCGGCCUGCGUGGUCCCCUGCGACCCGGUGCCCGCCUGCAUGUCCCCUCACGCGCACCCCCCUGGCUCCGGGGCCAGCGGCGUCACCGACUUCCUGAGCGUCUCCGGGGCUGGCAGCCACGUGGGCCAGACGCACAUGGGCAGCCUGUUCGGGGCGGCGGGGCUCAGCCCGGGCCUCAACGGCUACGAGCUCAACGGCGAGCCGGACCGCAAGACCUCGAGCAUCGCGGCCCUCCGCAUGAAGGCCAAGGAGCACAGCGCGGCCAUCUCCUGGGCCACAUGACAGGCCCCACUCCCGCCCCCACGCCCUCCCCCACCUCGGGGCACUGGGCACGCCCACGCUUUCCAGGCCCCCAGCCUCCCACUCGACUUUCCUCUUAGGAACCUGGCCCGGGCCGGGGGCCUGACCCUCAGCACUUUCAGCCCCCCCUUGUCUGAGGCCCCAUGGACCGUGGGGAGGAGGGGGCGGCAGGCCCCAGCCCCUCCCUGGCACUGAGGCCGAGACCCCUGCUCCUGGCGGAAGGCGGAGGAGAAAGCCAGGUGGCCGAAUUUUGCAGCUUUGCCUCCAUUAUAAGCUGAAGACCCUUUCUCCCCACUCCUGCUCCGCCACCCUGCCCGGGUGACCGCUGAGUCAAGGUUAGACUCCCCUCCAGACCUGGCAGGGGCAGCCGCGUAGCCGGCCCAACCUCUCCCCGGUGUGGGCCCCCGUCACCAGGCCCACCACUGCCUGAAGAACAGGCUGCCCGCAGAGCCGGCCUCCUGCCCUUCCAGCUCUGUUUCUUUUCCUAAAAACCCAGAUUUUCCUAAAAAAAAAUCUGAUCUGGACCCAAAGCACUUGCCUUGCCCUCACCGGGAAUGGUGAGGAGCCCAGUGGAACUGGCCACCCCGACCUGGCUGUCCCCUGUGCUGGCCACCCGGGAGGGGUGCACAGGAAAGAGCUGAAGAAGCUGCUGUGUCCAGCCGCGCUGGCUUCCAGGAGGGCGGACCGUCCGCGGGGACCGCGUUUCCACUCCCUCGCACCCCAGAGACUGUGGGACCGGGUGGCACUGCAGGGAGAGGACACAGACCCCCCACAGCAUCCACGGUGCUCGAAGGAGAAAAAAGCUUCCAGAGAGAGGAAGGGCCUCGGGGCGGGGUCCAGGUCAGGGAGGGGCUGCGCACACAUUUCCAGCCGCCUGGUACCCCACUUCAGGCAGGGUGCGGCUGGGGGGCAGGCCUGGGCAGCUUGUCCCCUAUGCAGACAGGCCCGGUCCUGAUCACCUGCUGGGGCUACUGAGCUGUUUCUUGGCACAGGGGGGAUGGACACCUCACACACGCUGACUGGGGCCCUGGGUUGCUGUGGCAGAAGAGCGAGGGCAGCUCGGGGGAUUGGCUAGAGGAUGCGUGCUCCUCACAGGCCUCAGCCUGCUGUCCCCUCCUCGGCCACCUUGCCCAGCGCCUCACCAGCCUGGCGCCUCCCAUGUGGGUGGGGACUCUGCCAUUCCUCCCGGCACAGGGCAGCCCACCCCUUGUCUGGUCUCUAGAAGGGCUCAUGAGCUGAGCCCUCCUGGGUCACUUGCUCAGCUCCAGAUGUGGGGACACGUUUCCUCCCCAAGUCAUGUUUUCCGGGCAAAGGGCCCGCCCUCUGCAGGGAGCCGUGUGUCCGCCUGACUUGAGAGGUGCAGCUUGGGCUUUGGCACCAGGUCCCAGGUGACACCUAAGCAUGCAGCAACCCCCCGCAGCUGUCAUCUAAGGCGGCCAUUCAGGGUCCUGGGGUUGGGCGGUGUCCCUCCAGCCAGUAACCCCUGGGGGUAACUUCAGUAAGUCCUCACUAAUGUCAGUGAUAGGUUCUUGGAAAUUUUGACUUUAAGUGAACUGGUGUUUGAGGGAAGAACAUCUUUCGUUCAGCUUCAGCUGGGAUAUUUUUCCCCUCGAAAUGGUGUUACUUGAGGAUCUGCUGCACUCACCUCUGCCCUCUACCUAGUCCCUGAUGGGGGGAAGCCAGGUCCAGCAGGCCCCGGGGGCCUGGACACAGGACCCCGGGGUGGGUGAAGAAUAGAUGCCCUGUCCUUGAGCUGCUCGAGGUUCUGGGGGAUCCACAGUCUCUCCCUCUGCCUCACGUUCUCAUCUGUUCCUGAAACCAGACGGGAGGAAGCUAUGCCUUGGCCUCCCUUAGCGAGAGACCUCUGUGUGAACCGUAGCUCUGAACCUGGUCUCAUAGAUGUGAAAGGGGUUUUGGACAUUGAAUUAAAUUUUCUCGAAGGCUUGGCUUGAAGCAUUCAUGUAUUUGAGGAUCUUGGAAAAGAGUCUUAGGAAGCCUUUUUGAGUUCUGAGGUUCACUGAAAUUGCUCAGAUUCCCCAUAAUCUGGAACAGGAAAGGAAGCAAGAGCUCAAGUCUGUUUCGCCAGGUGCUUCUUACACGUUCCAGUGGCUGGAAGGACACGACUGGCGCUUUUGCCAUCAGUUUGUCGUCACCCGGGAGAGUCCGUACAGAGACCCAGAGGAGGAGGCAAGGGAGGCAGGGGGCUCCAAGGGGAUUCUUCUAGAAGGAACCCCUGGUGCUCAAUCCCUCUGUAUGUCUGCUUUCCGACCAGGCUAGACCAAAGUCAGGCAAAUUUUAACCAAAAAGCUUGAGAAGAAAAAGCCUCCAAUGAAGGCUCUGUGGCUCCCUGUCCCAACACAGCCAAGCAUUUGAGAUUGAAAUGUGGGUGUAAACCAUCUCUACCAGCCCCCCUAGGGCCUGCCUGACACUUCAGAGCCUCCAAGCUGGGGAGGAGCUUAGAAACCCUCUAUUUAGUCCAGACCCUUCACCUUGAAGGCGAGAAGGCCCAGGGUGAGCCCUGAGCCCUGUUUAACCUGCCGCAAAGCUGUGAGAGGAGCUGACAUGUCACCAUCGGGGCCCCAGACUGCUCCCCAGCGCCUCACACCCCAGUCAGUGACCCAGCUCUCCAAUUGGCCUCCCUGGUUCUUUCCCAGGCCUCUGCCUGCUAGGGUGGGAGGCGCCCCGCAGACCAAUGGCCAGGACUGAGCAAGUUUGGGCGGCUUUGCCCUGCUGGCCGCCUCCUGCGGAGCCAGGGCUCCUGCGGCCAGCCAGAGGGGCUCUACCUGCUCUCUGGGCCGCUGCAAUGAAUAAGCUACAAGAGGAGAGGGUUUCCUUUGGCCGUUUGCCUGAGAUCUCUGCAGAGCUGCCGUGUAGAAGGGACGUGGGGGGCAGCUGGCGGGUCACUGAGCAGCCUCCCCGACCGGAUAGCCUCUGGCCCCUGCUGGGAACAGGUUUCGAAGGAAGCUGAGGCUUGACACUAAGGUGCUGCUACACCCUCAGGUGCCAUCACUGCUCCCGGGGCUUGGGAGAGGAAGGCGCUGGGGGACACCCAGAGAGGCUUGCCCCCCCCACCCCCGGCUUCAGUGGCACUCGGAGGACACAGGUUUUGAAACUUUCCUUGAAUCCUUUCAACUAUACUUGAUGUUCAGCUCUCACGGCCGCGCCUCCAGCUUGGGAACGCACAGUGGCCGGGUUAGUUCCGAAACACUGCGAGGGGGAGGGAAGCAGUUGUGAUGCGGUGGGUCCCCAGCACACACCGCUGCGGCCGUUCCAGGGCCAGCUACAGUGCCCCGCCUGCCCGCUCUUGGGCCGGGUGGACAAGAGGAGCUUGCCCAGGGACACGACCCGUUACCUGCGUGCACAGCCAUGCUCUCUCUGGGCUAGACUGUGGGGAGAUCACCUUGCAGACAUCCCGGGCUUCUGCUGGAUGGCCUGGCUGUCGGGCACCAGGGCACACAGGCCUAGCUGGGGGAGGAUGGUUGGCCGACGGGCCCCCCAGGAGAAUCCACGACUGCCAAAGAGAAAUGAGAAGACAACAGCUCGAAUUCUCAAGGUCGCACGGACCCCACUUCACUUCGCUAAGGAUGCUGUAGGGAGGAAGGUAUCCGGGAAAUCAUUACCUAUCACGCCCUCUCCCGCCCGCCCCCGUCACUUACAUACAUAGAGCUAGGCCUUUAUACUACUGAUUUUGAAGGACAGUUUUCAAUGUCUAAUAAUCUGUUUGGGUGUGCGGUGGUUGACUAAGAGAGCCGAGUGACAGAAGGGACAUGAACCUCAACCAGUACUGACUGUUCUCAUUGUAAGAUAGUUUAACCCUGUAUAGACGCAACUUUUUCCUUUAGCUUAAUGGCCUGGGGUGGAAUAUUAAAAAUAUAUAUUAAAAAUACAUUAAAAAUUCAGAAAAACGUGUAAAAAAAAAAAUGAGGUCGGUUCCAUAAAGUUUUACUGCCUAUCCCACCAUGUAACUACAUUAUAGCAAAAUAUUAAAAGAAAGGUUCUUGUCUUUUAAAGUAAGUUAUUGCACUUACAUCUUUUUUGGGGGGGUGGAGGGAGCGACACUGACGAGAAGGGGACUUCGGGGCCUAGGCACGGGGCCCAACGGAGAGCGGAAGCAGCUGGACUCUCCCAGAACACCCUCGGCUGGGCACAGCCCAAAAUGUCUGUUUGGUUGUUGUUUGCAAUAAACUCCUUCUCCUGCCUCCU